AUGGCGGAGCGAGAGAAAGGAGCCGCAUCUCCGCCCGCCUCCUCCCCCUUCCUGGGGCUGCACCUCGCCUCGCCCCCCAAUUUCAGGCUCACCCACGACAUCAGCCUCGAGGAGUUUGAGGAUGAAGACCUCUCUGAGAUCACUGAUGAGUGUGGAAUCAGUCUGCACUGCAAGGAGAGCCUGGCCACCCGGGGCCAUGUGAGCCGUGCGGGCGGCGGGGCCCGGGCGGCGGGCGGCGCGGAGGGCAGCCGGCUGCAGGCGGAGAUGCUCCAGCUCGACCUCAUCGAUGCGACGGGGGAAACGCCGGCCGAGGAGCAAACGGCCACCGAGCCGAUGCAAAAAGAACCCCCGGCUGGGACUACGGAUGUCUACAGGCCGAAGAGACCCACAACACUCAACCUCUUCCCGCAGGUGCCUCGCAGCCAGGACACCCUGAACAACAACUCUCUGGGGAAAAAGCACAGUUGGCAGGAGCGGGUGUCCCGGUCAUCGUCCCCUCUGAAAACGGGUGAGCAGACCCCUCCCCACGACCACGUUUGCCUGAGCGAUGAGGUCAAUCACCAAAACAGCACAACUUCCACCAAAGACCGGGGCACGUCGACGGAGAGCCCGUGCCGGCGCACGGCGGGCACGCAGAUGGCAGCCGCCUGCGUCCCCAGGGCGGCCGACAAGCACCAGGCCGCCGGCCGGCCCCCGCCUCACGGCGCCAGCGUGGUGGUGGUGACCACCAGGGGCCCCGAGGCUCACCGCGACCGCAUCCGCUACCAGACGGACGUGAGGCUGGAGGCCACCGAGGAGAUCUACCUGACGCCCGUGCAGAAGAACUCGGACCCCCUGGAGAACGACAAGCCCUUCGUGUCGCAGCCCAGCGAGAACCGCAUGUCCGUCAGCUCCGACGCCGACACCUCCGGCUACUCGGCCUUGGCGGGGAAAACCAAGCCCUCCAUCAGCGAGGAGGAUGAGGUGCUGGACUACAUGUCCUCUCCUGACAAGACGAACCCGCCCAGGGCCUCCUGCGGUGGUGGGAGCGGCGGCUGCCGGCCGGGCCGCGGCCUUCAGCGAGCUUCGGUGAGCUCGGACACCAGCGCCCUGUCCUACGACUCGGUCAAGUACACGCUGGUGGUGGAUGAGAACGUGCAGCUGGAGCUGGUGAGCCUCAAGCAGUGCUACUCAGGCUACAGCGACGAGAGCGACUCGGCCACCGUCUACGACAACUGCGUGUCCUCGCCCUACGAGUCGGCCAUCGGCGAGGAGUACGAGGAGGACGCGCUGAAGCGAGACUCGGUCUGUCUCUCCGAGGACUCCACCCCCGAGGCCGACAUCCACUUCUCCAAGAAGUUCCUCAACGUCUUCAUGAGCGGCCGGGCGCGCUCCUCCAGUGCCGAGUCCUUCGGGUUGUUCUCCUGUAUGAUCAACGGGGAAGAGCAGGAGCAGACUCACCGUGCUGUCUUUAGGUUUGUGCCUCGCCACGCGGAUGAGCUGGAGCUGGAGGUGGAUGACCCUUUGCUGGUGGAGGUGCAGGCAGAGGAUUAUUGGUACGAGGCCUACAACAUGCGCACGGGCAACCGGGGCAUUUUUCCUGCCUACUACGCGAUCGAGGUCACCAAGGAGCCAGAGCAUGUCACAGCUCUGGCCAAGAGCAGUGACUGGGUGGACCAGUUUCGGGUGAAGUUCCUUGGCUCGGUGCAGGUUCCCUAUCACAAGGGCAACGAUGUGCUGUGCGCGGCCAUGCAGAAGAUUGCCACCACCCGCCGCCUCACUGUGCACUUUAACCCACCCUCCAGCUGCGUCCUAGAGAUCAGCGUGCGCGGCGUCAAGAUCGCCGUCAAAGCCGAUGACUCCAAGGAGCACAGCAAGGUAAACAAGUGCAGCCAUUUUUUCCAGCUGAAGAACAUUUCCUUUUGUGGGUACCAUCCAAAGAACAACAAAUAUUUUGGGUUCAUCACCAAGCACCCUGCUGACCACAGAUUUGCCUGUCACGUCUUUGUCUCGGAGGAGUCCACGAAGCCCCUGGCAGAGUCUGUAGGGAGGGCUUUUCAGCAGUUCUACAAGGAGUAUGUGGAGUACACGUGCCCCACAGAGGACAUCUACCUGGAGUAGAGGCCUGCAGAGGCCCCUCCUGCACAGGCAGGGCUGCAGUCUCGCCCCUUCCCCGCGUCGUGCAUGGACAAGAGCGGCUCUGAGGCCGGCGGAGCAGCGGGCCCGGGGCACCGAGCGCCGUCUCUUUUCAUGCCUCCCCUUCCUCGGGCUGGGGGGAGGGGGGAGGGCUGGACAAAUGGUGUUUAUUGUACAGAAUACUUAGUUUAUUCUCCCAGAGCAGCACGCUCAGGCCCUUCCUGCUGCAGGUGAUGGCAUCUCCUCCUCAGGCCCGUGGGGUGGGGGGAACUUGGAACGCAGCGGCGGAGUCGGACUCUGGCCGUGGGAAGACACAGCAGCUACAACUGACAAGCCCCAGCUGCUGGCUCUUGCCUGGGAGCUGGGCUUGCCCUGGCUGGGCAUCACCUCCCUGCCAGGCCCUGGGGCCACUGCUGCUGGGCAGGGAGGAACAGGGACCUCCAGUAUCUCCUCUGCCAGAGCAGGUGCCAGGAUGAGCUGCCUCCGCCUUGUCUCUCCCCUCUUGUGUCUGUGUCUGGGGAGAGAGAGAAAUCCUGCUCCUUUCCCCCUUUCCCCUGGCUGGCAGGGGCAGGGCCCCCGGGGUGCUGGGUGCCCCUGCCCAGAGCUGGGAGCCUACCAGGAGCGGGGCAGGGAAGGGCUAAAGCCUGCAGGGAGAUGGGUGAAGCACGGGGGAGGGAGAAGAGCAUCUCCCCAUCCCUGCAGCCAGCGGUCUCUGUGCUUCAGCUGGAUCUGCUGUGAUGGCAACAACUAUUAAAUACGA